AGGAAAAACAAGCAUUCUGAAGAAAUCCCAUUAUGAGUGCAUUGAUCGCAACAUCCUUGCCCUUGGCAAAGACCAGCAUGGAUCCUGGGGCUAGUCUGAAUGAUACUAAGACAGAGAUGGAGGCAUCGUAUGCUGUGCUGAAGUUCAUGGAGAGUUUCUGCCUGCUCAGCUCAGCAUGUGGGAUGGUAGGGAAUGGGAUAGUUAUCUGGUUCCUUGGCUUCCACAUUAAAAGGAACCCCUUCACCGUCUACAUCCUGAACCUGGCAGUCUCUGACUUUGGCUAUCUCCUGUGCAUUGCAAUUGAAACAGUUCAAUAUUUAAUGCAGUUUAAUGUAGGAGUUCAGUUUGGAAUAUUCCUGUUCCUGGAUCUUUUCAUGUAUGGGACUGGCCUGUACCUCCUGACAACCAUCAGCAUUGAGAGGUGUCUGUCUGUCCUCUGUCCAGUCUGGUUCCGAUGCCACCGUCCAAAGCACUUGUCUUCCAUUAUGUCAGCCUUGCUGUGGGCCCUCUCGUUCCUAGUUUGUGGACUGGGGUACAUUUCCUGUAGUGUGAGUACGCUGCACAAUUGUCAGCAAAUACUCAUAACUAUUGGUGUGCUGGACUUCCUGAUUUGCACCCCCCUUAUGGUUCUGUCUGGUCUAACCCUGGUCUUCAGAGUUUGUUGUAGUUCCCACCGCUUCAAAACAGGAAGGUUAUUUACAGUGAUCCUUCUCACCAUCCUUUUCUUUCUCAUUUUUGCUGUUCCCCUGGGUGCCCUGCUCUUGCUUGAUUUUUGGAAUUACAAAUUUCUAUAUUCUCCUGAGAUUGGUUUUGUGCUAUCUUGUGUAAACAGCAGUCUCAACCCAGCCAUUUAUUUCCUAGUUGGGAGCUACAGGGAUCGACAGUUCAGGGACACUCUGAGAGUUGCACUCCAGAAGGUCUUUGAGGAAGAGGUAAAUUUCAGAGGUGAACGCGAGACUGCUUCUGCAGAACUUGAAAUGACAACAACAACCCAGUAAAACUCCUACUUUGUUCUACACAAAUGACUGUACUUGAAUUAAUAUAAUUCUGUAUCACAGAGCCAAACAAACCAAUGAUGUAAUGGUUACC